AUGAGCGACGAGGAGGAGGAAGGGUCUUCCGAAUACUCCUAUGAAUACUCCUCGGAAGGAUCUGCUGAGGGGCAUGUCGAUGCGCCGAGCACCUGGAGAAACAAUGGCUUCCUCAACGAAGAGCAAGAGAUGGAUGACUCUGGAUCUGAGGAUCUGGAGGGAGAGGAAACCGAAGAAGACGACUCCUCGGACGAGUAUUCAGAGGAGUAUUCCGAAGGCUCUGCAGAUGAAGCCAGCUGCAUAAAACAAAGGGCUGACGCGAAGGAGCCGCAGGAGGGUGUAGACUUCAUCAGCCCAGACACUGGCUCGGCAAAGAGAGGCGAGCGUCCCCUCCAAGGCGCCGGAUGCGCGGAGCGCAUCGAUGGGUUGAGCAUUGGGGCAGGCAAAGGCGUCCUCAACGAACAAGAUGAGUACUCGGAUGGGUCUGGAUCCAAGGGGUUGGAGGGCGAGAAAACUGAAGAAGACGAGUAUCGGGACCAGGACAAGCAUUCGGCUCAACACUCAGUAGCUGGCUACGCUGAUGUGGUUCUAAGUUGGGCAGAGGCAGAUGAGGCCAGCGGCGCAAAUCAGGAAACUCGACAUUGGACGUUGGUAAGGUGGCUCCCAAAACAUCGGAAUGUUUGUGGAAGUCUUAGAAACGAAUAUCAACUACUGCACGAAGGCGAUGCUUUCAUCGGUUGCAGGGGUACGCAUGCCUUCAGGACAUUUCGGGCAUGUCAGCAACAGCUCGCUGAGACAUGGUUAGGCAGGGUUUCCGAGGCAGCGGCAGUGCGAUUCCCGAAAAGGUAUGAAAAGACUCGCCCCUUCAGUUGA